AUAUACGUAUAUGCUUAACUGCUGUCUGAACCGUGGUGUUCAUUGAAACCCCGGUGCAUAAUAUAAAAGGCUGUGACGAAUUGGGAGCGCCUACGUUUUUGUUGUCUUUCACCGUCCAACGCUAUUUGUGGACCCGUCGGCGAACCCUCGGAGUAACGAAAAUGCACCUGGCCGUGGCAAUUUUUGCUUCAGCACUUGUGUGUACAUUGGCCCUGGACAAUGGACUGAUGAGGACCCCUCCUAUGGGCUGGUUGGCAUGGGAACGAUAUCGCUGUGACAUUGACUGUGAGCGAGACCCCAAGAACUGCAUCAGUGAGAACCUCUUCAAGGACAUGGCCGACAGGCUGUCGGAGGACGGCUGGAGGGAGCUAGGCUACGUCUACGUCAACAUAGACGACUGCUGGUCCUCCAUGGAGCGAGACGAGCAGGGACGACUGCAGGCCGACCCAAAGCGGUUCCCUGGGGGCAUAGCCAAUCUAGCUCGCUACAUGCACGACCGGGGCCUCAAGCUGGGCAUCUACGGCGACAUGGGCACACAUACCUGCGGUGGAUACCCGGGCACCAACCUGGACCAGAUCGAGACGGACGCCCAGACCUUUGCCGACUGGGGGGUCGACAUGUUGAAGCUGGACGGCUGCUAUUCCAACGAGAGCGUACAGGCCGAAGGCUACCCUCGCAUGUCAAAGGCCUUGAACGCUACAGGCCGUCCCAUUGCCUACUCCUGCAGUUGGCCCGCCUACCAGGGUGGUCUUCCACCGAAGGUGAACUACACACAGCUGGGGGAGAUCUGCAACCUGUGGAGGAACUACGGGGACAUCCAGGACUCCUGGGAUAGCGUCCUGAGCAUCUCCGACUGGUUCUUCAAAAACCAGGACAUUGUUGGACCCGCUGCCGGGCCGGGAAAGUGGAACGACCCUGAUAUGUUGAUCAUUGGUAACUUUGGCCUUAGCACGGACCAAUCACGAUCUCAGAUGGCCUUGUGGGCCAUCAUGGCCGCCCCCCUCUUCAUGUCCAACGACCUGCGCACCAUCAGUAGUGGAGCGCGCGCCAUCCUGCAGAACAAGGCGAUCAUAAGGAUCAGCCAGGACCCCAUGGGCGUCCAAGGAAAACGCCUGCUGCAGGAUAAGAGUGGUAUAGACGUGUACUGGCGCCCCCUGUCUGACAACGGUAGCGCCUUGGUGUUCUUCAGUCGGCGUAAUGACAUGCCCUACCGCUACCAGAUAUCUCUGAGCAAACUCAACUACACCACCGGCAUCUACAAGAUGUACGAGGUGUUCAUGGGGAAGGUGGGCACCGUGGAGGACACCAGUGAGUUCACGGUGUCGGUCAACCCCAGCGGCGUGGUCAUGCUGUACGUCUUCCCGCCGGUCAAACAUCGCCAGUUCCACGGCAACGCCAAGCUCCAUGGGCCGGCCCACUUUCACCACCACGACCUCGACAACGCCAUCCCGCCCGGCUUCCUGUAAACCAACCAAUCGUAGACAGCCCGGGGAUCCCACAUUUAAUAAUGACGUCACCAUUCCUGCCUUGAUGUACCUGCCCCUGAAGAAAACCCUAUCGAGAUUGUAGUAUGACGGAUCGAUCUUUCGAAUCUCCACCGCUGAAUUAUUAAACUUUUAUUUUGAAAUGAUUGAAGGAUUGAGAGGAUUCUAUAUGAAAUGAUACGUGUAUUGAGGAAAGGAAGAAUGGUAUGCACUGACUUUAAGCCAAAGUGUCAUUAAUUGAUUAAUCUCACCUCAGAACUCAGGGAGGGAUCAGAACUCUGAGGGAUCCUUUCUGUCUCCCUUUUUAAUUUUUUUGACGGCACUGUUCAUAUACGUUGAGACCAAAAAAGGUAGUAGAUGACGUAUGUACUAAGCGAGGGAGGGCUGGUCGUAUUGCUGAAGCGGCACAAUCCUAAAGCUUAAUUUGGAGGCAAAAACAUUUGAGUUAUGUUUUCCCAAUAACAUUUGUCAGUUUUUUUAAUGAGCAUAUAUUUUUUACAGAGUCUUUGAAUUGUAUUUCUCAUCUUUGCACUAUUAAAGAUCAUGUUUUAUCUUCACACUUC